AUGCUUCGCUCCCUAGUCCGCCGCCAUCCGCUCCCUCCGUCGACGCAACUCCGUUGCGUCUUCUUCUCCACCGGCACAUCCGUCUCCUCCUCAGGCGCUACCGCUUCUCCAGAUCCCCAUUUCCUGGUCGAGUACCUCGUGAAUACAUGCGGGUUCUCCGCCGACAACGCUUCCAAGGUCGCAAAGUCGCUCCCCCGCUUUCAGUCCACCGAGAAGCUCGAUGCUGCUCUUGGAUUCUUCAGAUCUCAGGGCCUUGAUGGCGCUAAUCUCAGAAAGAUAAUAUCUUGGAGGCCAGGAUUGCUCUACGGGGAUGUGGAGAACAGACUCGCUCCAAAGUUCAAAAUUUUGCGCGAUAUGGGGUUAUCUGAGUCCCACAUCGUCAAUGCCGUAAUGCGGCACCCCAUCAUUCUUUCUCUUGACGUCCAGAACGGGCUUCUUCCCAAAUUGAAGGUUUGGGAAAGUUUAUUUGGAUCGAGGGAGAUCCUCCUCAGGAAACUCCGGGGCUGUAGUUGGUUUAUGAGCGCCAGCAUUGAGAAAGUGGUACGCCCUAACUUGAAGUUCUUACGGGAUGAAUGUGGUAUUCCUGAAGACCGGGUUUCUCUUGUCCUUAAAAGCCUCCCUGGCUUCAUCGCGCAGAACCCAGAUGCCCUCCGGGCUCUGGUAGAUAGAACUGUGGGGCUUGGAGUUCCCCGUGGAUCUGGAAUGUUCCUCUGGAUCCUUUUUGCGCUGCAUGGGGUAAGCAGGGAAAAAUUUGAGGCUCAACUCAAGCUCAUGAACAAUUUUGGUUGGUCGAACUCGGAUUUCAUUACUGCAAUCAAGAAACACCCACGCAUUUUACUCCUUUCCAUAGAGUCAUUGCAGAGAAAGAUGGAGUUUUUGGUCAAUGAUGUUGGAAUUUCACCUUCAGACAUUGCUCACUGCCCGGUGCCUUUAGUGCUAAGUUUGGAAAAGAGGUUAAUUCCUCGAUUUCGCAUUAUGGAGAUAUUGAAAUCUGAAGGGUUAUGGACGUCAACAAACAAGCCACAUGGAGUUUUCUCAUUAUCUGGCCCAAAGUUUUUGCAAAAGUUUGUGCAACCUUACCAAUCUAUACUCCCCAAACUUCUUGAAGUCUUGUGA